UGUGCCGCGCUCGGCUGCUGCGGGCUGGCCGGGGCUUCGCGCGAAGGUGGUAGGAAGAGCGCGCGGGCUCGAUGCCCGGAUGGGCUCGUCGCGGCCGCGGGCUUGUGAUGAGACCACUCUCCUUGGGAAGCCAAAAUAAUCAGUGUUGCUUGUGCACACUGAUCUAAUCACUCCAGUGGAAGGGACUUUCAGUGGGGCCUGCCUCUUGAACUCAGCAACUGCUUAUGCAAGUUUUUGUCUCUCUUGCAGCCAUGGAGGAAGCCAGUGCUGUGGAGGAAGGGGAAGUGACCUCUGGGAUGCAGUCCUUGGCAGUGGAAGAUGGGCCUGCCCCGGAGCUUGCUGCCCCCACUGAGGAGCAAGAUGAAGCACCUGGGAGGGAGGGAGAGGAAGAGCAGUCAGGGAAGGGUGAGGAGUCCAUAGAGGAGGAGGACUGGUGCGUGCCCUGCAGUGACGAGGAAUUGGAUUCCCCCGACACCUGGAUGCCCCCUCCUGCAGAGAUCCGGCGCCUGUAUGAACUCAUUGCUGCCCAAGGUACUCUGGAAAUCCAGGCCGAAAUCCUGCCUCGCCGCAACCCCACCCCAGAGCCUGACAGUGAUGAUGAAGACAAAUCUGAUGGGCAGCCAGAGGACCAGGAAGAGGAGGAGGAAGAGAAGCCUCACGUGCCGACGGAAUUUGACUUUGAUGAUGAGCCAGCCUCACCCAAGAGCUCCUUGAUUGAUCGCCGGAGAACCCCUGGCACGUUGGCGAAGAGCCAGAAGAGGGAGGCCCGCCUGGACAAGGUGCUGUCAGACAUGAAGCGUCACAAAGUCUUAGAGGAACAGAUCAUGAAGACGGGCCGGGACCUCUUUGACCUUGACUCGGAUGAUGUACCCACUCCAAAGCGGCCACCGGGUCUCUUCCUGCGGCAGCGGAAAUACUGACCCCAGGAAGACCAUCCUUUUGGUCGCCCCCCCUCUCCAGCUGACUGGAGCCACAAGCUAUUGCAUUUAAAUCCAGGUGGACUCUGACUGCAGCUCAAACCCUGCACAGCUGCAGGAUGCACUUGCUUUCCAUGAUCUUGUUUGCAAUAAAACUCCAUGAGUUUGUUUUUAA